AUGUCCACUGCUGAUCACUAUGGUCGUGUCGGGGCCCAGGGCCCUAUCCUUAGUGCUACCUCUCGUACCUAUCCUGACUAUGGAGCCAUAGAAGCUGCCCUAACUGUCCCCUCUCCUGCGGUGGCUAAUUACAGAGCACCCUACGAUGCAGGCCAGGGCCUUUCAGUCCUUGGCAACAUUAUCGGAAUCUUGAUCUUGAUCCCAUUCACUCUCAUUGGUAUCGCUAUAUGCAUCGGAAUCCUCAGCGCCUUGUGUGGUGCUUGUAUCGUCACUGGCCACUGGUUAUGGCUUCACCUCAGCUCCGCCACAAGCCCUUAUUCCGAAGCCAGCUUGUGGUCAACCUUCCUGGUUGGAUUUUGGGGAUCUGCGGCUACACUUCUUCCAUUUAGCGUGUUGAAUGCUUCGUUGAAGGCGUGUUUCAUGGGUGCUUCGGAUGGAGUGGGGAUGGUCUUAAUUCUCAAUGUUGUAUUGGGCUUUUUCAAAGUCGGAUUUGAUUGCGUGGCCGGAGUGCCUCUGGUCGGGUACUACUAUGGUAUAGAGACGCUCGGACUUACCUAUGCCCUAUGUGCUGCGUAUACUGGAGGGGUGAUUGUCUCCUUUGUGUUGAUGAUGAUAGUACCCCGAUGA